CUAACACAUCGACAGCUAACACAUCGACAGCUAACACAUCGACAGCUAACACAUCGACAGUAAGAACCCCUAACACAUCAACAGCUUAUUCAUCGACAGUAAGAACCUCUCUCUUGAGUGAGCAACAACGCGUUAAUACUCCCAAUAAUACAAAUUUACAUAAUAGAGCGUUGGAAGAGCACCGUCGAUUGUUUGGAUUUUCUGGACAGUCUAUCGUUAGUAGUACUUCACAAUCAAACGGGAAAAGAAGUCGUGGAAAAGGGGGGAAGAAUGGUAAAAGUGCAAAGAAACCUAAAGUUGCUACUUGGACUCAUGCUUUCGUUUGCCUCGCAAAGAGAACCCAAGUACUCUUGCUUACACCUCGAGAAAGGUAUGAAUUAAAAUCUGCAGGACUCGGUGAGAAAAAGAUAACCGUUGAGAUUAAAGACAAGGGAUUUGAAGACUUAUAUGGUAUUCUUUUGCAAGAAUUCCCAUUGCUGUCUCAUGCAGGUGGGAUCGAGUUGAUGCGGACAGGUUUUGGGGCUAGGAGCAAAACCCUUGAAGUGAUUCCUGUACCAACCGGUUCCUCCAGUUACAGCAUCGAAUACCUAAAAGAGGUACUCCAACAGGCUAAGUGCUAUGUUAGACCAAUUCAGAAGGAUUUACCUGUGGUUAUUCCUCGCGACUGCCAGGACAAUUUAAAUACUUCUACUAAAGAGGUAAGACUGUAGUUUAUCUUGGAAAAGCAGGGCCUUUUUAACUAUAUAACUGGGGUUGAUUGGUGGUGGGGGGGGUUGGUGCAAAGACCCUCCAGCAGCCAAUACCCCCCCCAAAAAAAAUAAAUCAAGCAUCCUCCCCCCCCCCAGUCAAAGCCCCUCUUCUCUAAAAUAUGAGCAAAACAUUGAAAGAGAAAUGGAAUUUAGAAUGGAGGUUUGAUACUCUAGUAACUGAAAUUUGCUUUGUGAAUCUUAUGUCAUGUCUUUUAUCUUCAAAUGAUUCAAUGUCUUUUUAAAAAAUGCUAAACAUUGCAGGGCAUUCAAAAGGAGGUGCAGCAGGUGGCACAAGGUUUACGGCCGAUUACUUUAUAUAUACUUUAACACAUUGCGUCUCAACUACAUUUAUUGAAUACAGGUGUCAGCCUCCCCCCCUGGAAGUGGGGAGGGGGUGCAGCCACCCAGCUGUUCAGCUAAACUCAAUCUUCUCUCCAAAAACAGACCCAAGAGAAAAUCCCUGCAUUUACUGUAAUAUUGUAAAUGUAAAAAGUUUUCCUAAUUCUUUUGUGAUGUGUAUUUAGGAAUCAUCUUGCCCAAGUGAACAGUGCAGGUUGUGUUUGAAGAGUAUUCCAAUUUUGCAAAUGCGGAGGCAUAUGUGGUCCUGUGAGAUUACUGAAUCAUCAUUUUCUGUCGAGGUAUUCUUCUAUGUAUAAUUAACCUGAAAAAAUUUUUAUUUUGAACUUCAGACACUGUAUUAAUUUUACUAAUAGUUAUGUCUGUAAUAAGUGGAAAUAUUCUUUCACUUAUAGCCAGAAAUAAUAUGUGAAUCAGAUGAGGAAUCCAACUCUAUUCCGGAGUCUCUUCCACAUUCUGAAUCUCCUUCUACAAGUGGAAGUAGCUCUAUGGUGUCUUGUAUGGUAAGAAACAAUUCAUUAUUUAAUUUGUCAUUUGUCCACAUUUAUUCGAUUAGUGAUUUUAAUACCAUUUUUAUUGAGUAAAACUUUGAUUUUUAGGAGCCUGGUAUUGACGAAUUGAGAAAAAUUUUCCCAGAUCCUCCAAACCAAGUAUUGGUUGAGGCAAUGCUAAAAGGUGGAACCGUUCAAGAAGCGAUUAAUAUUUUACUAGAUCAAACAACAACUGGUAUGUGCAUAUCUAUUGCUGUUGCACAAAUAUUACUUUAUUCUGUCAACCAAACAAUGAAUCAGUUCUAUUUAGUGUCUUCUAUUUUUCAGAUCAUUCAAAGUUUAUUCAAGACGAAUCCGAUCUUGCAGAAAUCAUGUUUGGAUUAAAAGAGGAUUUACCCAUUGAUGGAAUUCAAAAGUUCAGUAUAGACCGUCAAGAGCUCUGGGAAGAUAGCAUAGCAGCAUUCAAAAACCCCAAAUUCAAAGAUUCAUUUCGACCACGUGUAAGAUUUCUUGGUGAAGCUGGAGUAGAUGCUGGCGGUCUCUCUCGAGAAUAUGGACUUAUUCUGCGUAAAGAAAUAUUCUCAUCUAAUGCCAACCUAUUUGAAGGAAAGCAAACCAGAAAAUUGCCAAUAUACAACAUCAAUGGCAUUCAGUCAAAUCUAUACUAUCUGGCUGGAAAGAUGGUGGCUUAUCUCAUUAUUCAUUUGGAUAUUGGCAUCCCAAUGUUAAGUCCAGCAUUCUAUUAUUAUCUUGUUUCCAAAGAUAUUGAAAAAGCAUCAGAAUACUGCUGCAUUGAGGAUGUACCAGAUCAUGAGACAAAAGAAUGGAUUAAUCAGGUAAAAAUAGUCAGACACUUUUACUGCACAGUAAUGAGUAACUUCACUGCGCCUUAUCCCUGGUAUACUUAGUAUAAGGUGAUCAUGCGGUGGCGUGUAUGGAAAUUUUGCGAAAUUGGAGGAGCGGCUGGGGUGAGUCCAAUUUCGCAAAAUUUCCAAACAUCACGAGUACUAUUAAUCCCUCUUUCUACGAGCAACAUUGCAUGAUUACUUAUUUAUUAUUAGCAUCACAAAAUUGGAUAAUUCUCAAUGUCAUCACAUUCUCUCGCCAAAGCCCAGUCCUGGCAGACUUCCAACCACAAUUUGGUUCUUGUGUUCGUAUUUUCAUUUAGUUCUGUUGCUUUAAGUUCCUCUAGCAAUGUCAUGUGUGUUUAAAUACCUUUCCGCCAUUUUGUUUGUUUUGGGAAAAUCAUUAAUUGUACUGCAGUACAAUUAAUGAAAUAAUUGUACUCCUCUCAACCAAUCAGCGUCCAGUAAUUUUGUCAUGCUGAUAAUAAGUACACACUCAAUAAGAUAUUUUAGCUAAUGUUAAUUGAAAGUCGUAAGCACAGUUCUGUUUAUAAGUACUUAUGAAGACUUGCAUUUUUAAAUUUAGGUGAAUGAAGCAAAGACCAACCAGGAAAUACUUGAGCUAGUUCAGAGUCAUGACAUGAUUGAUUCAUUGCUAAGAUCAGGAUGGGUUAAUUCAGUUACCUUAUCAAAUAGAGAUAUUGCCUUGCAGAAUUUAAUCGUUCAUGAGGUUUUGGUAAAACGAAAGGAAGCUUUAGAUCAAUUUUGCAAGGGUUUAAAAGCACUUGGUGUUCAUUCUGCCAUUCAGACAUGUCCAGAAGAAAUGAAAGUAUAUUUUAUUGCCCAGCAGAGCCAACUUUCAGCUACAACAGUGCUAGAGCUGUUUGCUAACAUUGAUGCUGUUCAAGAAUGUGAUAUGUGUGAAAAAGCCCGAGGUUUUUUGAUUGACUGCAUUCACUUUUUGGAAACAGGUACUGGCCUUAAGUUAUUUUUAAAACUUGCAUGUAUCAAAUGAGCAAUCCAAUUUUCAAGCAAACGAAUAACUGACUCUGUCAGUGAAACUCUGGAACGUUAUUUAUUUGGAAUUUUACAUCGGUCAUAUGUAAGAAGCUAUUAAAAAAAAUUAGAUAUGUUAUUAAAGUAAUAAAUAUUUUAUUCUAUAUUUUACUGCUUACAUUUCAGAUGAAGGUGAAGCUGGUCUUAAAAAGUUUUUGUGCUAUAUGACAUGUGCUGAAGAAAUCCCACCUCUUGGAAUGCCUCAGAAAGUUGAAGUUGUCUAUGUUAAUCAGUCAAAUUUCUUUGCAGAAACAUGCAUGUAUGAGUUAAAAGUUCCAAAAACUCAUGAAUCUCUUGACAAUUUCAAAGAUUCAUUCAUGCAAGCUUGUGCUCACAACAAAGGCUUUGGGGCAGUUUGA